AUGAGUAAUGAAGCAAUAGCUGGAUUUAUAGUUACAAAAACUAUCUAACAAAAUCCUUUACGAUAUUAUGAUGCUAAUUUCAAUGAUUAUAGAGAUAAAAACAUGAUUAUGUAUAUUUAGAAAAAAUAUGCAGAUCUAAAAAGUAAAGUUUAAAUUUCCUGUAGAAAGAACUGGAGUCAAAUUUUUACCAAAACAAACUUUAGCUAAUACAUAAUUGCAAGUGAAAUUAAAGGCUUAAGAAGGUAAUAAGGAAUAUUAAGGAAAUUAUGAAUUACAACCUGAAGUAGUAGAAAUUAUGUAAAGAGUUCUUGAUAAAGAAUAAUUAGAGAACUUAUUAAAUUUUUAAGUGAUUCCUAAAAGAUCAAAGAAUUGGAAGAAAAAACCUAUAUCUGUAUAACAAAAAUUGGCUAUGAUGAUGAAUGAUAACAUAGAAUAAGCUUAAUUGGAUGACCUAUAUUAAAGUUACAAACGAUAAAAUUUAAAGCAAAAUGUAUUUAUAAUAAUUAAUUUAGCUUAAAGAAGUAAAGACAUCUAUAAAAAACUCUAAAGAUGCUAGUAAAAGCAUAGGAAAACACAAAGGAUAUUAGAAUAUUGAAUUAGAUGACUAAGAAUAAGUUAAUUUUUUUAUGAAAAAACUUUGUGAAGAUCAAAAUAUUAAUGCUUGUACAGUUUUAGAUAUCUAAAAUUGUAAAUUUAAUAUAAUAUUUAAAUAUUAGAAGAAUUAACAUAUAAAGAAGAUUAAUGGGAUGAAAUGGAAAGAUGGAGAAAUAUUGUUUAGAAAAGAAUUACAUAAGAAUAGUUAUUAGAAAUUAUGCGUGAAGAAGAAUUAAAAUAAAAUAGAGAAUUAGUCAAGAUUUUUAAAGAAACAAGGAUAGAUUAAUUUGAUCCUGACUUUUUUAAAAGUAAAGUUAAAAUGACAACUAUGAAAAGAGUAAAUUAAGCAUAAGAUUCAUAAUAUCAUAAAUUUUUUGUAUCUAAUGGAAAUUAAGUUAAUGGUUUUACAUAAGAGGAUUUUAGAAGGAAAAACUAAUAAUAUUAAUCUCCAAAAAGUCAUUUCAUGGAUAAUUUAAGUAAAGUUUCAAGGACUACAAGACCAUAGACUAGUGUUAGUAGAACAUUAAAAACUUAAACAAGUAUAAAAACAGAUAUAGAAUUUAAUAAAUUUUUAAAGUAAUGUGAUGUGAUUGAAAAUAAUUUCAAAAAGGAUAAAAAUAUCUUAAAAGAGAAGUUUAGAUCUCUUGAUAAUAUAAUGGAAAAAGCAGGUCAAUAUUUAUCUAUGGAUAAACCUUAAUUUGAAAGAGAACCUAAUUAAGAAUUUGAAAAAUUUAAAAAACAAAGAUUAUUUAAAAAGAAAUUUGUCACUUAUUUAAUUGAUAAAGUAGAAAAGUAAUCUGAUCUUUUGAGUGAAAAAAUAAAAUCAUCUUAAUCUAAAUAAUUUAUAGAGAGAAUUUUGUCAGAAGAAUAAUGA